CUUCGAAAGAGGCAAGUCGGGCCUCGAAGUCAUGCAAUGCGGCGUCUCAAAUGGCUUGCUUGCAAGCGAGACUCCGGCGCCAUGGGCUGAUCCGACGUUGAACCGGCAUAUUCUGCUACAAGUUGAAGAGGACAUCCGGCCUCCUCCUGGUCUUGUUCUUUCUGCUCAAACAUUCGUCUUUCAGCACCGUGACUUUUUUGAAAGCUUUUGCUUUCGUCCUCUCGUUUUCAUUUUGUCACUCCUUUUGUAGAUCUUGUUAUGCGGUCGCUUCUUUAUGCCGCGGCAUUCUUGCCGCUGCAGACUCUCGCCUGGUUUGGCAAAGCAUCAGAUAUCGACGAAAUCGUGGUGGUGACCACAACCAGAACGAUCACUGUGUGUCCGAUUACAGAAGCAUGGACUUGCGGGCCCGACUAUCCUACAGCUCCAUGGCAAGACUGGACGGGCACACCGACAAGCACGGGGUCAGAGGUGUCACCAACUAGCAAGGGAAAUGGUAACGGCGGACACAAUCAUUCUGGAAGCCCCAGCUCAUCAUCUCCCACGGGCCAUCAUUCCUCAGGGCCGCACUCAUCUGUCCAGGCAACCUGGACUUCUUCAUCUAGCCCUGCUGGCAGCCCGAGCUCAUCAGGCCCAUACGUAGGCCCCAGCUCAUCGACCUCACACGGUGGACCAAGCUCGUCAGGCCCGUAUGGAAGCCCGAGUUCCUCCAGCCCUGCUGGCAGCCCGACUUCGACCAGUGACUAUGGCACCCCAACCUCUUCGUCGUCUGCGCCGGGUGACAGUUCGAGCUCAACCGAUCCUCCCGCAGGAGGCUCGAGCACAACCAGCCCAUCCGCAAGCUCGACUUCGACAGAUCCCCCAGUUGAUCCUCCGACUUCCAGCUCAACCACAAGCGGUCUCCCUGUUGAUCCCGCGACGACGUCCAGCUCUGCUAGUUCGACUUCGAGCGAUCCUCCAGUUGAUCCUCCGACGACAUCCAGCUCGGCAACCUCGACCUCGAGUGAUCCUCCAGUUGACCCGCCGACAACCUCUAGCUCGGUGACCUCUACUACGAGCGACCUCCCUGUUGAUCCCGCGACAACAUCCAGCUCUGCAAGCACAACCUCGAGCGAUCCCCCAGUUGGUCCCGGAACGACGUCGUCCACCACCAGCUCUGCCGCAGACCCUCCUGCAGGAACGUCGACCAGCACAUCUUCUGGAUCCUCCACCAGCUCUGCAGAUCCCGCUGGUACCUCGACUUCUUCGUCCAGCUCUACAAGCAGCGAUCCUCCUACAAGCUCCACGUCUUCGGCAUCGACCACCUCCAGCAGCGCAGAUCCCACUUCUACCACAACCUCUAGCAGUGUUGACCCUGUCACCACGUCGAGCAGCACCACCAUCACCACGACUGCAACUCUUACAAGCACCACCAGCCGCAGCGCCACCACUACUUCGUCUUCUACGUGCGCGCCGUCUCAGACGCUCUCUGCUCUGCCUGAACAAACUAGCUGCCCAGAUAACACAGCAGAUGACCGUAGCCAGUGGUGUGGCAAAUCUGUCAGUGAUGAUACCCUGGUGCCGUACUCGUCCGGACAAACCAAGUCUUUCACCUUGACCAUCACGGAUGCCGACAUCGACUUUGAUGGAACUGUCAGACCGGCGUUUGCGAUCAACGGUGGCACCCCUGGUCCUGCCAUCGAGGUCAACUGGGGAGACGAGGUCGUGAUUACUGUUAUCAACCUACUGACCGACAACGCCACCACUAUCCAUUGGCACGGUAUUCGCCAGUUUGGCACCAACGACCAAGACGGUGUUCCUGGCGUCACCGAAUGCGCCAUCCCGCCUAACGGUGGCCAACGUACCUACACAUGGAUCGCAUCGACCUAUGGAACCGGUUGGUACCACUCUCACACCCUGUCUCAAUACGGUGGAGGUAUCCGAGGACCGAUCAUCAUCCACGGACCUGCGACGGCCGAAUAUGAUUACGACAUGGGCCAUGUCAUGAUUGACGAAGUCUUCAGCCAGACCAUCUUCCAGAUGGCGUGGAACAUUGCCCGACUCCGAGGACCUCUUCCUGCCGCCGUCAACUACAUGGUCAACGGUCAGAACAAGUCUCCAGAUGGAACCGCCGGCAAGGCCACCGAAUGGACGGUCGAGCCGGGCAAGAAGCAUCUGUUCCGCAUCAUUAACAGCUCGGCCCAGUCUUCCUUCAUUGUGCACUUCGACUACCACCAGAUGACCGUCAUCAGCUCCGACUACACUCCUAUCGUGCCAUACACGACCACCAGCCUUUACGUCAACCCUGGACAGAGAUACAACGUCAUUGUCGAGAUGGACCAGACUCCUGGAGCAUACUACAUGCGCGCAAUCACCCAGACCGGCUGCGGUGAGCAGAACGUCAACACUGGUCUCGGCAUUGCCAACCCGGUCUUCACCUACAAGGGCUCCUGCGGCACCCCGACGUCCGAGACUCUCAGCAUCACGCCGGCGUCUGACUGCCGCGAUGAGCCCUUGGCCAGUCUGGUCCCCUUCGUCAGCAAGAACGGCGGCAGCGUCGAUGACUUCUCUGACACGGCGAAGCUUCUGCCCGGUGGCAACGGCGGGUCCCAGGUAUUUGACGGCUAUGGGUCCAUCAUCCGCUGGUACUUUGGCGGGCUGCUCGACCUCAACGGCAACAGCGCGUCCGUGCUGGGCAACCAGACGGUCAGCGUGGACUUUGAGAACCCGACGCUCAAGACCAUGGCGGAGCUGCCGACGCUGUCGUUCAACAGCUCCAAGUACUCAAACGCGGUGGUGCUGGACGGGCCGGCGGGCGACUGGGUGUACUUUGUGAUCCAGAACAACUUCCAGACGUCGCACCCGAUCCACUUGCACGGGCACGACUUCUCGGUGCUGGGCCAGGGCAAGGGCGUCUUCACGGCCGACCAGGUGACGUCGCUCAACUUCGCCAACCCGUGCCGCCGCGACACGGCGCUGCUGUACGGCUUCGCGGGACCCGGCGGCGUCGCCCAGAGCGGCUGGACCGUCAUCGGCUUCCAGACCGACAACCCGGGCGCCUGGAUCAUGCAUUGCCACAUCAUCUGGCACGCCGACGGCGGUAUGGGCCUGCAGUACAUCGAGCAGCCCGACGCCAUCAACGCCAACGGCUACUGGACCAGCUCGGGCUUCCAGGACGAGUGCAACGCCUACUCGAGCUACCAGAACGGCGGCGGCGAGGGCAAGCUCACCUACGAGGCCGGCAUCAAGCGAGACCUCGAGCGCCACCGCUACGCCCUCAAGCACAAGGGCAAGCACUAAACGGUCCGUCCCAAUGGGAGUACCCAGCAUAUAUGGCACGCAUGUUGAAAUUUUAAUGGAGGGGGAGGAGGGAGGAUGAAAGACGCAGCACAAACACUCAAGAGGAGGAAACGAUGCGAGAGCGAGCAAAUGGGUUCAGCGGUCCAAUGUAUAAAGAACUUUCUUCACUGGUGUGGGAUACAGGCUACAAUUGCACACACUCUCACACACACACAAUGUCAAUGUUAUAUCUAUGCACAGGCUCUUCACACCUGGUAUUCAGCACAAUUUUCCUAUUUUGUGUUAUUGCUGUUGUUGGCCGCCAUUCUGGGAAAGUGGAUCAAAGCAGUCGGCGCGGUGAGCGGUGAGCAGCGGGCGAACAAUGUCCUCUGUCCUGUAUAUAUCCUAUCCCGCCUUCCCCCGAUUCAAAGAGCUGUGUCUGUCUGUGUGUGAAUUGUAUCCAUCCCGCCGGUUUGGUGCUGUUCUGGGCGCAAGGAACUGAGGGAAAGGGAGGGAGGAACACAACAGACAGGGGAUUCUAUCAUGGUCUGGCAAGCGGCACACUCUAAAAUACGGACCGUCCUGGAGCUUUUUGUGAUAUCUUUGGGGGGCCAGCCUUUUUCUUCGUCCUUUUAUCUGGGGGGGAAAGGUCUAGUUUGUUGACUAAACCAAUCCCUCUCGAUCGACUAGUUAGUUAUAUAUACCAUUCGAAGAUUGUUCUAUCAAGGAUCCCGG